CUCGAUAAAUGUAAAGUUGCCUCGACAGAACAAAAGAACGUCGCUUCGUCCUCCCAAAUUUCGUCUUCCUUCUCUCAAAAGUGCGUGCGGCAACUCGACGAACCUGUUAACAACAACGCCACUGAAUAAUAUCAUCCAAAAAGGAAAACCAUAAGCAGAGAAAAAAUUCUUGUUAAAAUACGACCCUCGUCGAGUCCGUAAAAGCAUCAGAGAAAAAAUCGCAACAGGAUGAACCAAGACACGCAGUCGUCGAGCUCGAGUCGGGAAUCUCUAGCCGAGGAGGAAGAGCAUCGACGACAAGAGGAGUCGGAGGUACCUCGGGAAAUCGACUGGAAGGAGAAGCAGCAGCCGAGGAACUCGACGGAGGAGGAGGAGGUGGACGAGAUUGGGAUUUCCGGAUCAAAGGUCGGGGAGGGAGCGCUGGCGAGAGACGUGCGCCGGCUCAAGAGCGCGACCCUCGACCGAAUGGGAAAGAUGCUGAAAAUACAUUCCAAGUCGAGCGGCGAAAAGCCGGAUGAUGCGGCAGCAUCUGCGGCGAGUUGCGGCGACGAGGAGCCGUCAAGGAAGCAAAAAUUCAAUUCCUUAACAAGAAUGUUGAGGUUCUCCGAUAAGGACAAAUCAAAAUCUCUCGGGCAGUAUCGAGGUCGUUCGCUGGCGCGAAUUUUGCGGAGGAAAGUGCGUGUUGAGGGUGAUAAUCCGCCCGACAAGCCGGACGAGCAUGUGCACGGAAUUUUCUCCAGAAUAAUCGGCCAAAUCAGAGGUCGGAUGUCGAAGGCCGAUUCGACUGCUGAAAAUUCUUCACAGAAAAUAAACAAGGAGGACUCGGAGCUGUCGUCGGGCUUGGCUCUGUCAGAGCUGAACCUCGAAAGCUCGUGUUCAGUAGCCAGCACUCGUCACGAAGAUUGAAUUUUUUUACCAUUUACUGAGAAGCAGGAUAUUUAUUUUUGUAAUCUAAUGAAUAAAGGUAUUAUCAAUUGGUACCCAUUGAAUCCGUCGAUGGCGAAUUCUUGUACUGCGCGAGACGUGACUAAAUUAAAGUGUGGGAAGCAAAGAAA